AUGAAAUAUUUAUUCAGUCUUGUUCUCUUACAUUCGAUUUUUGGUUCCCCUCAAAUCAAUCUUCAUUAUACAGAUUGGGUAAGUGAGAGUGAAAGUAAUAAUGCUUUGCAACAUGAUUAUUUACGUGUUACUAUUUCAAUUGACAAAGCACAUUUGAGUCGUGAAAUUAUAUCUUAUUGUAUGAAUGAACUACUGGCCAAAGUCCAAAUUGAGAAUAAAGAUAUUUUUCCAAAGUUUACAUUUUGUGAACUGUCGAAACAAAAUAUUACAAGUCAACAAUUAUACUAUUGGUCAGCACCGAUGGAUGUUGUUGAACGUUAUCAAUUCUAUUUAAAUCAAUUAUCAACAUCAAAUGAUAAAUCUCUAGAAACUCAAGUUUUCUAUAAUUGUACAUUUCCUAGGUUUGGUUCCAUGUGUCAAGAUGAAAUUACAUACAAUCAUAAAAAUUAUUCAUCUUUACAUGAAGUUAUUCAUGAUUACUAUAAGCCAAAUGAUUAUAAUGCAAUUCAUCGGACCUGCUAUACUCAUUGGCAAUGUAAUCGUGGUCCUUUUCCAGCAUGUUUAGAUUGGAGAGAAAUCUGUGAUGGAAAGGUAGAUUGCAUCGAUGGCAAAUUGGAUGAAGAACAUUGUUGGGAACUUGAAAUUAAUACGUGUAAGGAUGAUGAAUAUCGAUGUAUGAAUGGCCAAUGUAUACCACUAUCGUUCUUUCGGGAUGAUGUUAACACUACUGAUUGUUUGGAUAAUUCUGACGACUAUAGCGUAAAGAAUAACGAAGAUCAUGUAUAUAUGUAUGAUGAGCCAUCAUUUAGAAAUGAAGAAAACACAUAUAAAUUUACACAAUAUCAGUAUUUUUGGAUGCAAGAACGUGACAGUUUCAUAUUUAAAGCGAUGCAUUUGGCCGAAGACUAUACGAUGCGUAAACAAUGUUUAUCAGCUUUAAGAUCUAUUUUAAAAAUACCAAACUACGAAGAAACAAUUUUUAUCAAGACUUGUGAACAACGAAAUUUCUCAUUUCAAACUAUUUGUGAUGGAUUUACUGAACUGAUAUCGAUACUUAUCGAAGAAAAAAAUGAAACGGAAUGUGAACAAUGGCCAUGUAAUAAUAUUUAUACUCAUUGUGAUGGCUUAUGGAAUUGUCUUAAUGGUGAAAAUGAAAUUGGUUGUUACCUAAUUUCAACAUUAAAUUGUUCUUCAGAUCAUCACCUAUGUGUUUCACCUGAUACAAAUCAACUGAUGUGCCUAUCUGCUAAGAAAAUAAAUGACAACAAGAUCGAUUGCCUUGGUGCUACUGAUGAGCCAACAUUAUGUCAAAAAAGAUUAGGCGGGCAAUAUCUGUCUGGUUUUUAUUGCACCAAUCAAAGCUUUCAUCCAUGUGUUAGUCAAAUCGAACUAUGUGAUAGGCGUGAAAGUUGUACUCAUAGAGAUGAUGAACAAUUUUGUGAAAAAAAUCGAACAAAUACUUACUUCUAUCGUAGUAUUUGUUUUCCCGAACUCCUAUCAAUUCGUUCUGAAGUCGAGCACUUUUUAUGUCAAACAGCACAGAAUAAAUGGAAACAACCAAUUAAAUAUUUUUCAUUAGAUGAAAGAGGCAAAUCCGUCACAGAUCAAACGAAGAUUGAUACAAAAGUCGAUUUUCCAACAUUAAAUCUAAUGAAAACGUUUCAAAAAUAUCAACGUCGAUGUCAUCGUGGUUUUGAUUUACGUGUAUGGUUAAACAAUGAAAAGAACUUAACAAGAAAUACAUGUCUUUGUCCACCUACCUUUUAUGGUGAUCAAUGUCAAUAUAAAAAUCAACGAGUGAGUUUAACUAUUCAAUUUCAAGCAUUAUCGGAUUCUUGGUCAACAUUAUUUGCAAUAAUUGUUUCACUUGUCGAUGAUAGUGAAGAAAGAAUAAUUCAUUCAUAUGAACAGUUCACUUAUUUGUCAACAAGAGAUUCAUAUAUAGUUACUAUUCCACGAAAUAAUGAAAACAUUCAAAUUUGUUCAAGUUCUCAAUGUAUUCAUGGUAAAUGUAUCAUAUAUUCGAAUAAUCCACAAAAUAAUAUUUUUUGUCAAUGUAAUCUUGGAUGGUCUGGAAGAUAUUGUACUAUUCCUCAUGAUUGUAUUUGUUCAUCAGAUUCAAUAUGUAUUGGUUUAUCUGCUCACAAUCGAUCUAUAUGUGUUUGUUCUGUUCAUAAAUUUGGUUAUCAAUGCCUUCUUGUCAAUACAAUUUGUCAAUUGAAUAAUAAUUCAACCUGUUUAAAUGGUGGUCAAUGUAUUCCUGUUGAUGAAUAUAUGUCAUCGAAUCAGAAAUUUACAUGUAUUUGUUCAAAAGGUUAUACUGGUGAUCAAUGUGAAAAAGUUGAUAACAAAAUUAUUUUGUCAUUUAAUAAAGAUAUUAUUUUAUCUCCAUCAAUAUUUAUUCAUUUCAUAGAAGUUAUUAAUGAUGUAACACCAAGGAGAAUGACAACUUUUCGAACAAUUCCUCUAUUACAGGAUUUAAUUAUACUUUAUUGGUCACGACCAUUUCAUCUUGUUUUUAUUGAAGUUUACAAUAAAAUUUAUUAUUUAGCUGUUAUUCAAAAAACUUAUACUCGAUCAACAACUAUUGCUACAUCGAUAAAGUCAUCAGAUCGUUGUCAACAUAUAAAUGAAUUAUUUAAUGAAAGCUUUGUUCAAAUGCAUCGUCUUCGUCGUAUUAAAUAUUACCAUUUACCAUGUCAAAGAAAUUCAUCAAAUCUAGCUUGUUUUUAUGAUAAUGUUUCUAUUUGUUUAUGUUAUAAUUAUGACAAACAACGUAUAGCAAAUUGUUUUGAUUUUAAUCAUGAUAUGAAAUCGGAUUGUUUAGGUCAAAGUGUUUGUGAAAAUGAUGGUCAAUGUUUUCAAGACACGCCGUAUUGUCCAGAAAGAUCACUAUGUAUUUGUCGACCAUGUUUUUAUGGAACACGAUGUCAAUUUACGACGAAUGGAUUUGGUUUAUCUCUUGAUGCUAUCUUAGGUUAUCAGAUUCAACCAAAUAUUAAUAUUAUAAAUCAGCCAAAUAUUGUUAAAAUUAGUUUAACAUUAACUUCCAUCUUAGUGAUUGCAGGAUUCAUUAAUGGAGUUUUAUCUUUGAUUACAUUUAAUAAUAAAAUAAUAUGUGAAGUUGGUUGUGGCUUGUAUUUAUUAGGUUCAUCGAUUACAACUUUACUUACAACUAUUUUAUUAGGAUUGAAAUUUUGGAUACUUGUUCUAGCACAGAUGUCCCUUUUAAAAAAUCGUUUAUUCUUACAAAUUCAAUGUAUAUCACUCGAUUUUCUUUUACGAGUUUGUCUUAAUAUGGAUCAAUGGUUGAAUGCGAGUGUUGCUGUUGAACGCACUAUUACAAUAAUAAGUGCUACUCAUUUUCGAAAGAAAACAAGUAGAAAAAUAGCUAAAAUAGUUAUUAUUAUUCUUUUGAUUUUCAUUAUUGGUACUACUAUUUAUGAUCCUUUUUAUCGACGCUUAAUUGAUGAAGAAAAUGAAGAUGAUAAACGCAUAUGGUGUAUUGCUACUUAUCCAUCUAGUUUACAAAUAUUCAAUUCUAUUAUACAUAUAUUUCAUGGUUUAGCUCCAUUUAUUAUUAAUCUAAUAUCAGCUGUUAUUCUCAUAACGAAAAAAUCUCGUCUACAAUCCAAUCUUCGACCGAAUCAAAAUCAUAAACAACUUUUAAAAGAACAAUUUCANAGCAUAGUAGAACACAUCAAGUUCCAUGGAAACAAUAUUUAG